AUGUCCAGCUUAUAUAAAUUGUCCAUACUGGGCGUACGCUCCUUUUCACCCAAGGAUAACGAAAUCAUCCAGUUUGGCGCACCUCUCACGCUUAUUUGUGGCCAAAACGGAUGUGGAAAAACCACCGUGAUCGAAUGUCUAAAAUACGCUACAACUGGUGAUUUGCCGCCUAAUUCUAAGGGUGGAGCGUUUGUGAACGACCCUGCUGUGGCUGAUAGGCUGAUGGUUAAUGCCGAAAUCAAAUUGGGCUUUAUCUCCGUCGACAACAAGCUGAUGACGGUUACGAGGAAUAUGCAAUUGACCAGGAAACGUACUGGGCGGCUGACGACGGCGACCAACACGUUCAAGACGCUUGAGGGGCAGCUUGCGGUGCAUUCUCAGGGCCGGAAAACGUCAAUUUCUACGAAAAACGCCGAAUUGGAUACAAGAGUUCCACAGUACCUUGGAGCGUCUAAAGCUGUGCUUGAGUAUGUGAUCUUUUGCCACCAGGAGGAUAGUUUGUGGCCGUUGAGCGAGGCGAGUGUGUUGAAAAAGCGGUUUGACGAGAUCUUUGAGGCGUCGAAGUUUACCAAGGUUUUGGAUAACUUGAAGGUGAUCAAUAAGGAGAUGACUACAGAUAUUAAGUUGUUGGAACAGAGCGUGCUGCAUGCCAAUUUGGAUAAGAAACGGGCCAGCAAGAUCAAGGAGAAGGUUCUGGAAAGUCGGGCCAAGGUGGAACAGUAUAAUGCUGAAAUAGCUGAUCUUAAUAUGGAGAUCGAGGGUUUGGAGAAACAGGCAGAUGACCUUUUUCACUCCAACCAGCUGUUCCAGAAAACUUUGUCUGAGCACGAACGUCUAAAAAUGGUUUAUGAAACGACAGAGACGAAUUUCAAGCGUUUGGGGCUGUCCAUUGACGUUUUGAGGGAAACAGACGACGAGCUCAGGCACCAGUUGGCCAAUUUCGCCCAGAUCCAGCUGCAGAAAAUGGAAGCUGUUGAGGAGAAAGAGCUUCUUUUGGUUGACCUCGAUGGCCAGCAGCUGGCGCACCAGGAAUCGCUUUCCAAAUUGACCCGUGACGAAGGUAUCUUGUUUAGUAAGAGAGAGGCAUACGAAGAGAGAAAAUUGAAGCUUUCUGAGCUUCUGGAGGCUCUUCAACAAAAAUACAGCAUAUCCAGGGAGUCCUUGCAUGAAGAUUUGAAGGCUCUUUUGAGCCAGACCGAAGCUCAGUAUGAAGAAUUGGUUGAAAACAACAGAAAGAAGCUUGACGAGUCUGCUGCACAGGUUAAGGACGCCGAAAAGCUUCUCUCACGGGAAGAACAGCAUAAGAAUUAUGGUUUGGACGAAAUCAAGUCCACAAAGGCAAAGCUUAAAGAGUACCAUGCCAAGAUCAGCUCCUCUUCAGCCAACGAAGAUAACCUUACUAUGGAGAAUGCUGAGCUCGAGUCGCUUCAGAAAAAGCUUUCUCGUAAAAAGGACAACGAUAAUACCAAAGAGCUCUCCCAGAGCAUCCAACAAGAUACAGAUAAGCUCCAUAAUCUUGAAAAUGACCUUGACGACCUUAUGAGAAAGAUUACGACUGCUAAUAAACAGGCUGAUUUAUUCAGCAAGCUUGAUUUGCUUAAGGAUUCGCUGGCUGUUAAGGAAGAGGUCCUUUCCAAGAGCAUUCAGCAGAACCAAGACAGUUUCGAGAAAAUUACUGGUAAGAAGUUGGCUGAUGAAGGUGAAGCUGCACUUAAUGAAGUUCUGGAAACGACGCAGAAGAAAGAGCAUGAACAACUCCUUUCCAGCAAGUCUUUGGCUUCUAAGCUCGACAAGUUACGUGCUAACGAGGAAUCAGACAACAGUGCACUUAAAAAGCUUGAAAAGGCGCUUUCUACGCAUACCUCCAAUAUCCUCAAAGUUAUCGAAAAGGACGAAAUUUCCCAGUACGAAGAGUUGGUCAAAGAAGCAGAAGAAGACUAUAACACAGCCACGUACAACUUGAACACUUUCGAUGUCACCAAGAGUUUCAAGGUGAAGGCCAUUGAGAUCGCCAAACAGUCGAAAUGUUGUACUCUCUGCAACAGAGGUUUCUCUAAUACUGAGCUUGAUACUUUCAUCAAAGAAGUUCAACAGAAUGUCAAUAACGUAACUGCCAAGAAGCUUCAGGAAGAUGUGGAUGCUACGAAGAAGGAUCUCGACCUGAUGAAGGCUAUUAACUAUGAUGUCUUGCAGUACCGUUCGUUAACUACAGAAGUUGCUAAUUACAAGAAGCAGAUGGAAUCCAGAGGAACAGAGAUGAAAGAACUUCAGCUGCAGCAUGACGAAGUUGAGAAGUCUUUAGAAGAGACCAAGAGUGUUUUGAGUGACCUUAACAGACUUAGACAACCUAUCAUCAACAUUACCAGGUUGCGGGACGAGAUCUCACAUUUCCAGAAACAGAUCGAUGAUGUAAAGAGCGAGCUUGACACUGAUGGUGCUUCUACAAUGACCAUGGCUGAAUUACAGAAGUUGCAACAGGAAAGGAGCUUUGAAGUUAAAAGGUUACGCCAGAGCAUUUCCAAUAAUACUGAUGAGAGAGAUCUCCAGUUGAAAGAGCUCAGUCGUCUUGAAGGCCAGAUUAAAGAUAAAGAGCUUCUGAUCAGUAACUUGAAGAACUCCAUGAAUGAGUUGGUUGCGUUGAAGAGUACCAUUGCUGAAGCAGAAGAGCGUGUUGCCAGUCUUGAGGUGAAGCAGAAAGGUAUCGAUAAGAAUUUGCAGGAGUUGGAGGAGAAAUUGGCAAAUGUAACUGCUUCUGCUACAGAAACCAAGAACCAGUGCAGUGAAGAAGAGUCAGAAAUGCAUGAGAAACACCAGGAAUGCCGCCAGAACGAAGCCAGUUUCCGUGAUCUUCAGCAGCAUAUCAAGACUUUCGAGGAGCAGGAUCUCCAGAAAGUUGAAGAAAACACCCAGAAGAUUGGAGAAGUAAGGGAGAAGAUUCUGGUGAUCACCAAGGAAAGAAAGGCAUUGGACCAAGAAAUGUCGGCCUUGAAAACAGCUUUGAACGAUGCAGCCAAGACAAAGCGAAACAUCGAAGACAACAUCGAGUACAGAAACACCGAGCAGGAGCUCGAUUCCAUCAGGCAGCAAAUCGAACAGCUUGAUGUUUCCAACGCUGAAGUCGAGAAAGAAACGUACCAGGCAGCAUCCAAAAAGCUCAGAGACCAGAUCAACGAGCUCAACGGCCAGCAUUUCGGUAAAGCAGGUGAAGUCAAGCAAAUCAACGACCAGAUCCAGCAGCUUCAACAAGAACUCAAUUCUGAAUUCAAAGACGUCGAGAAAAUGUACCACAAAGAAUGGAUCAAGCUCCAGACCAACAUGCUCGUUUCCAAGGACUUACAGACGUAUUCUCUGGCUCUUGACAACGCUAUCAUGAAGUACCACAGCAUGAAAAUGGACCAGAUCAACAAGAUCUUAAGAGAACUCUGGAACCAGACCUACAAAGGUACAGAUAUCGACAGAAUUGAAAUCAAGUGUGAUGUGAAUACCCUGGGAAGAGGCCGUUCGUACAACUACCGUGUGGUGAUGUACAAAAAGAGCUCUGAGUUGGAUAUGAGAGGCCGUUGUUCUGCUGGCCAGAAGGUUCUUACCAGUAUUUUAAUCCGUCUAGCUCUUGCAGAGUGUUUUGGAACAAACUGUGGUAUGAUUGCCCUAGACGAGCCUACAACAAAUUUGGAUACAGAAAACGCUGAAUCGCUAGCCACCGCCUUGAACACCAUCAUUGACGUCAGAAAGAACCAGAAGAAUUUCCAACUUAUUGUGAUUACCCACGACGAAAAGUUCCUCAGCCACAUCAACGCGUGA